AUGGUUCCCGUUGCUCAUUCCACCUGCACCAGCAUCCGCUCUGCAGUCAAGAUGAAACUCACCGUUGUGACCACCGUCCUGCUCGGACUCUUGCUGACUCCAGCCCUCGCUGAAUACUUUCAGAACCAGCAAGUCACCAGGGAAAUCAGAGUUAAUGGUGGCGUCCAAAUCCUGAGCAUCAACAGGGAAUCGCGUGUGGUCAUUGUCGAGCAAAGGAGCGAAUUUGGGACAUGGAAAACCAUUUGGAACUUCAACACGGGCUUUAUUGCAACCGAACUGAUGUCCGAAGGAAUUUGCCUCAUUUCCACAAUGAACAGAAACCUUCUACCCACCUUUGAGACAUUCCCCACAGUGGUUCAGGGCUUCCAGGGUCUGAAGGGUCAAAUACAACCGACACGUGUGAUCACAUUCGUCCUCGGCCAGAGAGUUGUCCCUGACCUCAGGAUUUAUGGACCUGACAUCUUCAACACCUGCAGAGAGUCCACAACCGUACUGGCUUCUCCAGUUCCUGAACUCCAACUCCAACCCAUCUACAACGAAGGAGCCUGCACUAGACUCAACAUCCUGAACCUUGUGCAGCUGAACUACUGCCGUAACAACGUCAACAUCAAGGUCUGAAAAUCUCACCUUUCUGGAAACACUUAGGGAUGCUCGAUCGCUGCUGCACAAAGCCAACCCCGAUGCUGUUCUGCCCUGACAUCUCCUCUGCCAAGAACUCCCUUCCUCAUGAUUCUAAUGCUGAAACAGGUCAAUUGUUGACCACAACUUUCAAUAAAGCGCCUUAGCAUGGAUUAACUCUGGCUACUUUCUUGUUGCUGUA